AUGUCAAGAACACAUCUUGUCAGUUUGAAAAUUUUGAGAGGCUGUUUUGCUUGCUACAAACAUCUGGUCUUAUUGGGUGAUUUCACAUCUACAAAAGUUUGCCAGAAAAGCAGGGGCGUGUACACACACACUGUUAUUGAUUUGAGAAGUGACACAGUGACACGACCAACAGGCAAGAUGAGAGAGGCUAUGAAAAAUGCAGUAGUUGGAGAUGAUGUCUGUGGUGAAGAUCCAACAGUUAAUAAACUUCAGGAGGUCACUGCAGAUAUUUUGGGUAAAGAAGAUGCCCUGCUGGUUCCCACGUGUACCAUGGCAAACACUGCAUCAGUAAUGGUCCUAUGUAAUGGAAGAUUUAAUGAAGUCAUUAUUGGAGAGCAGUCCCACAUGAAUUUGUAUGAGGUUGCAGGAUUGGCCCAGCUGGCAGGGAUUCAAGGGUGCUGUGUACCAAACCUCCCUGAUGGCACUAUGGAUUUGGGGCAAGUUGAAGCUAAGAUUCGUCCAGUGGAUGAUGAUCAUCAGCCACUCACACGAGCUAUUUGCAUAGAGAACACACACAAUAGAUGUGGAGGGAAAGUCCUACCUUUAGAGUAUCUUAAAGAGGUUGAGUUACUUGCACGCAAGCACAACUUGCUUCUUCACCUGGAUGGAGCAAGAAUAUUUAAUGCAGCCGUGGCCUUGAGAGUGCCAGCUGCAGAUAUUGCCCAGUAUUUUGAUACUGUGGCUGUGGCAUUCACCAAGGGCCUGUGUUGUCCUGUAGGAUCCAUCAUUGCAGGUCCAAAGAGUUUCAUAAAUUUGGCAAGAAAGGCCAGAAAAGCCCUUGGUGGAGGCAUGAGACAAGCAGGGGUGAUUGCUGCUCCCAUGUUGGUGGCCUUGGAGCAAAUGAUACCUAGACUAGUGGAAGAUCAUGAUAGGGCUUUCAGGAUUGCCACAGCGAUCAGCUCGCUGCAGGGAAACCUGGUCUGUAGUGUGGAUCUUAGUGGUGUCCACUCUAACAUUGUCAUGAUCAACAUACUGGGGAAAGUCACCCCACUUCAGUUCUCCCGGAGAAUGCAGGAGGUGACGGAUGAGGAGAAGAGGUCCCUUGGGCAGUCUGUAUCUGUCUUAAUGUGGCCCUACUCCCCAGCAACCGUGAGGUACGUCACACAUAAUGAUGUCAGUGAGGCCGAUGUGGACAAUGUUAUAGCCAAGUUCCUAUAUGUCAUUGAGGAAUUGUCGAGUUCGUAG